AAAAUCUACAGCUUCGGUAUCCACUUCAUAAUCCGGUAAGAUGAAUGGCGGUGGUGAAGAGAAGACGGAGGCGUCCACCGUUGGCGCAGAUGAUGGUGUUGAAGACUCGGAAUUAGGGAAAGCAAAGGAAAAGGAGAGCACUGAGACGGUGCCAUUUUAUAAGCUAUUUGCUUUCGCUGAUCCUACUGAUUACAUGUUAAUGAUCGUCGGUACUGUUAGUUCUAUCGCUAAUGGAGUUUGCCUGCCUCUAAUGACUCUUCUUUUGGGGGACCUUAUUAAUUCUUUUGGUCACAACCAAAGUGAUGAUAAUAAUGUUGUUGACGUUGUUUCGAAGGUAGCGCUGAAAUUUGUUUACCUGGCUGUUGGGUGUGGUGUCGCAUCAUUCCUCCAGGUUUCUUCGUGGAUGAUAACGGGAGAAAGACAGGCUGCCAGAAUAAGGAGUUUGUAUCUAAAAACCAUAUUGCGACAAGAUAUAUCCUUCUUUGACAAAGAAACAAAUACGGGAGAAGUUAUUGGCAGAAUGUCGGGUGACACCGUUCGCAUACAAGAUGCCAUGGGGGAAAAGGUUGGAAAAUUCAUACAACUAUUCUCGUCAUUUGUGGGAGCUUUCGUGGUAGCAUUGAUCCGGGGAUGGCUUCUUACACUUGUCAUGUUAACCUCCAUUCCUCCAAUGGUACUUUCUGUUUCGGUUAUGUCCGUAAUGAUAGCCAAGAUGGCGUCGCGUGGCCAAACCGCUUAUGCUAAAGCAGCCACUGUAGUCGAACAGACAAUCGGCUCAAUCAGGACGGUUGCAUCUUUCACAGGGGAGAAAAAAGCAGUUGACGAUUACAAUAAAUCACUUGUUGAUGCUUACCGUUCUAGUGUUCAUGAAGGCCUGGUCGCUGGCUUUGGUAUAGGAUCAACGGUUUUCAUUAUGUUCUGUACUUACGCGUUGUCUGUUUGGUAUGGUGCUAAGAUGAUACUAGAAAAGGGGUACACUGGUGGAGAUGUGCUUACUAUAGUCUUUUCUGUACUGAUGGGAUCUAUGUCACUUGGGCAGGCAUCUCCCUGUUUGACUGCAUUUGCUGCGGGUCAGGCUGCAGCAUUCAAGAUGUUUGAAACUAUAAACCGAAAGCCUGAAAUAGACGCGUAUGAUCAAAAGGGGAAAGUAUUAGACGAUAUUCGCGGUGACAUAGAAUUAAAAGAUGUGUAUUUUAGAUAUCCAGCAAGACCAAAUGAAGAAAUAUUUAGUGGGUUUUCACUCUGCAUCUCCAGUGGGACAACUGCAGCUUUGGUUGGUCAAAGUGGUAGCGGUAAGUCAACGGUGAUUAGCCUGAUAGAGAGAUUUUACGAUCCGCUACAUGGUGAAGUUCUUAUUGAUAAUAUUAAUCUAAAAGAAUUUCAACUAAAAUGGAUUAGAGAGAAAAUUGGUCUUGUUAGCCAAGAACCGGUUCUUUUCACAUCAAGCAUUAAGGAUAAUAUUUUGUACGGGAAAGAUGGUGCGUCUAUGGACGAAAUUAAAGUAGCGAUCGAGCUCGCAAAUGCUGCUAAGUUCAUCGAUAAACUACCUCAGGGAUUGGACACCAUGGUUGGUGAGCAUGGAACACAACUCUCCGGCGGACAGAAGCAAAGAAUUGCUAUUGCCAGAGCCAUUCUUAAAGAUCCCAGAAUCCUUCUUCUGGAUGAAGCAACAAGUGCUCUCGACGCAGAGUCCGAGAGGGUUGUGCAGGAGGCUUUGGACAGGAUCAUGGUCAAUAGAACAACCGUCAUCGUUGCACAUCGUUUAAGCACAGUCAGAAAUGCUGACAUGAUUGCAGUUAUUCACAGGGGAAAGAUGGUUGAAAAAGGAUCACAUUCAAAGCUAGUCCAGGAUCCUGAAGGAGCAUACUCUCAACUUAUAAAAUUACAGGAAGGUAAUAGUGAUUCAGAAUCAGAGGACCAACAAACCGAUAAAGAACUUUCAAAUCUAUCAGGUCAAAGGUUAUCCCGUCGGCGGUCAUCUGGCAGCCGCCGGUCAUCUGGCAGCCGCCGCCACUCAAAGUCUCAGUCAUUUGGUUUGUCACCGAAAGCCGAUGACCCGCCGCCAGAAUCCAUGGAACUAGACGCGGGUGAACCCUCAAAAACCCCAACAAAAGUCCCACUUCGACGACUUGCAUAUCUCAACAAACCAGAAAUACCAGUUCUCAUAGGCGGUGCAAUAGCUGCUAUUAUUAAUGGUGCAACAUACCCGGUUUUUAGCCUGCUACUUUCCAACAUGAUCAAAACAUUCUACGAACCGCCGCAUAAAAUGAAAUCAGACUCGAAAUUCUGGGCCGUAAUGUUCGUAAUCCUUGGACUAGUGUCACUUGUUGCUCAUCCCGGGAGAUCUUAUCUUUUCGCGGUCGCCGGAUCAAAACUGAUUAAAAGAAUCAGAUCAUUAUGCUUUGAGAAAGUGUUGAACAUGGAGGUCGGUUGGUUCGACAAACCAGAAAACUCUAGUGGCGCUAUCGGUGCACGGCUUUCGGCUGAUGCAGCUAAUGUUCGUGGGUUGGUUGGUGAUGCGCUUGCUCAAAUUGUUCAAGAUUCGGCGUCUGCUGCAGCCGGUUUAGUAAUCGCUUUUGCAGCUUGCUGGCAGUUAGCUCUUAUAAUUCUUGUUCUGGUUCCGUUAAUGAGUGCUAACGCAUUUGUUCAGAUGAAAUUCAUGAAAGGUUUUAGUGCUGAUUCUAAGGUGAUGUACGAGGAAGCAAGUCAGGUGGCGAAUGAUGCUGUCGGGAGUAUAAGGACAGUAGCGUCUUUUUGCGCAGAAGAGAAAGUUAUGCAACUAUACAGAAAUAAAUGCGAAGGCCCCAAAAGAGCCGGGAUAAAACAGGGUUUAACCAGUGGGAUCGGGUUCGGGGUUUCGUUUUUUUUACUGAAUUGUAUGUAUGCAACCAGUUUUUACGCGGGAGCCCGGCUUAUUGAAGCCGGAGAAACAAAUUUCGGAGAUGUUUUUAAGGUUUUCUUUGCUCUAACGCUGGCGGCGUUGGGAGUGUCUCAAUCAAGCUCGUUUGCACCCGAUACAACUAAAGCUAAAAGCUCAGCGGUCUCGGUUUUUGCGAUUCUUGACCGAGAGUCGGAAAUUGACCCGAGUGAUGAAUCGGGUUUGACUUUGGAAACUGUCAAAGGGGAAAUCGAGAUUCGUCAUGUUAGUUUUAAAUAUCCUACCCGACCUGAUGUUGAGAUAUUUCGUGAUCUAUGCUUAACCAUCCACAGUGGCAAGACAGUAGCAUUGGUUGGUGAGAGCGGAAGCGGGAAAUCAACGGUUAUCCAACUCUUACAACGAUUCUAUAACCCAGAUUCGGGUUAUAUAACGUUGGAUGGAACCGAGUUACAAAAAUUUCAACUUAAGUGGUUAAGGUUGCAGAUGGGUCUGGUUAGCCAAGAACCCGUGUUGUUCAAUGACACCAUUCGAGCGAAUAUUGCUUAUGGAAAGGACGGUGAUGCAACCGAGGCCGAAAUAUUAGCCGCUUCUGAGUUGGCCAAUGCCCACAACUUCAUUAGCGGGUUGCACCAGGGUUACAACACAAUGGUAGGAGAAAGAGGAGUACAAAUGUCGGGUGGCCAGAAACAGAGAGUGGCGAUUGCUAGAGCCAUUGUAAAAAGUCCCAAGAUACUACUUCUAGAUGAGGCCACAAGUGCACUAGAUGCCGAGUCAGAAAGAGUGGUUCAAGACGCAUUGGAUAGGGUUAUGGUUAACCGGACCACAGUGGUCGUGGCUCAUCGAUUAUCGACCAUUAAGGGCGCUGAUGUCAUUGCGGUUGUAAAAAAUGGAGUAAUCGUUGAGAAAGGAAAGCAUGAGAAGCUAAUCAAUAUCAAGGAUGGGUUCUAUGCAUCUUUAGUUGCACUCCAUAGCUCUUCAAAUUAGCUACUAUUACUUCUUGUUUAUGGUUUAAUGUUUGAUAGUAGAUAAUACACGUCCGCAAGUUGUUUAGUGUUUUGUAUUAUAGAGGUGUGCACAUUUGUUAAAUAUGAAUGUUAAUGUGUAUCAAUAUGUUUUGUUUUUUUGAAAUCCGAUAUUAUGAUUUAUGUGUAA